GAGCCCCAACUCUAUUCCGGUAACUAUGGCGGUUGCCCUGCCACUUGUUAUUUCUAAAGCGCGGAGAAAGCUCAUAGGAAUGUGGCUAAUGUCUAUAGAGCUGGCCGAUUCGCAAUAUGACCGAAAGCGAGUCAGGACAAAGUGAUGAGGAGCUGGUCUAUAAAUUGGGCCAGGAGGAUCCUGAACUACUCCCUUGGCCCAAUUUCGAGUCGGGAAUUUCCGAUCCUACAGUUAACAGCGUCAGACUUGAAUGGUCAUUAUUAAAGAAUGCAUUGGUCUACAGCGUGGAAAAGUUCAAUAAGCGCCUUGGCUGGAUGCAGGUGCAUUGGACCACCAGCUCCCCCGUAGAUGUAAGCAAUCUGGAAGAAAACUUUGGAUAUCGACUGCGUGUAAAAGCCCUGAGAGUUUCGGAGGAUGGGCGUCGCUACGUGCCCUUGGCUAUAUCGCCGGAUAUAAUUGCUUGCACCACCGCAGCUCUGCCGUCAACCAGUUGCUUGAACCGAGCCAUCAGAAAGGGCCAGCAAUUUCUGGUCAAACGGAUGCUGCGGCGAAGACCGAGCCUGGUCGAGUACCCCGCUCCCAACGGAUUUCUGCCGCUGGCCAAUGCGAUUAUUCAGGGCGAGAUGUGCAUCAUCGACGUGCUGCUAUCAGCCGGCUGCAGCGUUCACCUGGGCAAUCCGGGAAGUGGGCGGACCCCCUUGCAUCUGGCCUUCUACCACGGUCACCUCCCGUCGGCUCGCAUUUUGCUGAACAAGAAGGCUCACCUGGAGGCCACGGACGGCAAUGGUAUGACUCCAGCCCACUGCGCCGUCGAUGCCAACCAGUUGGAAAUGGUCAAAUUCGCCCUCGAGUCGGGCGCCAAUGUGGAGGCCAGGGACAUCUGCGGUUGGACCCUACUCAUGCGGGCAGACUCUUCGGCUGCAGUGGUUAUGAACGCUAGCCUGGAGCUCAUCAAAGUCCUCGUUACCCACGGCGCAGACCUGGCGGCUUUGGAUGGCGUCGGCAAAUCCUGCACCGACUUGGCCAAACUUUAUCGCAGGCAGGAGGCAGAGGAUUACUUUGACAAGGUGCAAAAGUUUAGGCUGCAAAAGUCUGUCGCGACCGCAGACGCGGUAACAAAAGCACAACUGCAGCAAUGAGCCGCACAAAAGAAGUUCCCGGAAUGGAAUAAAGGUGGAAAGGAAAAGGAAGGAAACGCCCUAAUGAGGAUUUGAAAUAAUCGCAAUGUACUCAAAAAAAAAAGACCCCAA